GUGGGGCCGGGGUGGGGCCGGUCCCGCCCCCGGAGCCGCUCGGCCCCGUUCGCAGCGCGGCGAUGCCCGGCCGGGAGCGCGGCGGCAGCGCCCGGCUCGGCCAGCAUGAAGAAGCACCACCCGCACUCGGUGCAGGGCACCUUCAGCCGCCUCUUCGGCAAGCGCCACUCCAGCCCCAGCGCCACGUCCCUGUUCGCCACCAACCCGCCCUGGAUCUUCACGCAGGAGGUGACCUCGGACAGCGCGGGUGGCACCGGUGAUGUGAUCGAGGUGUACUACGGGGACAAUCGCUUUGGGACAGUGACAGACUCUGGCACAGCAACGCUCAAACCCCGUCCCAGGGUCCGGCCCCUGCUGACCUUCCUGCCCCUGAACGCCCAAGAAUCCCAUGGGGUGGCUGUGCCAACGCCGUCCGUGCCAGAAGACUUUGAGGAAAAGGCAGCUCUUGGCUCUGGCUCGCAGCUCAAUGGCAAUUACCGGAUGUACAGCUCGGUGGGGGACCUGCGCCCGCAGGCCCUCGACGGGGGUGACCUGGAUGAAGAUAUCCCCCCACCGCCAUCGGUGCCCCCUCCACCCCCCCCAGCAGUGCCACCCCCUCUAGCCUCGCCAGUCCCUCCACCCCCCGAAAUGCUGCCACCGCCGCCACCCGAGCUGGUGCCACCUCCCCCUGCCAUGGCAGCCCCACCACCUCCCUCCUCUGCCCUGUCCUCCCCCAGCACUCCAGCUCCUCCCGACUUCAUCCCACCAGCCCCGCCGGGUGCCCGGGACCCCGCAGCUUUCACCCCCGGCAUCUCCAAGUGGAAGUCGGAGACGGUGCUGAACACGAGGCAGGCGGACGCCGAGGGGCCGCUCUGCCCUGCCGAGGCCGGGCUGCCCGCAGCCCCCAGCCCCAAGGAGAGCCUGCAGCCCAAGCCCGAGCCCCACCUCACCUUCCCCAGGUCGUUCAAGGUGCCGCCGCCGGCCCCGGCGCGCUCCUCGUCCAUCCCGGUGCAGGAGGCCCAGCCCGGCCGGCAGCAGCCGGUCCCCAGGCAGCCUCACGCCCGGCCCCCCCUCCCGCCCUGCUUCACCAUCAGACCCGCGGCCAAGGCACGGCUGGGAGAAGCCGAGCAGAGGAAUUCGGGGCUCAGACAGGGCGUUGGGAAAUCAGCUGUGCCCCCUCCGCUAAGCCCCAAGCCGGGCCCAGGGCUCAGCCAAGGGGUGAAUGCUGCCGGCCGCCGCUCCCCACUGCCGGGCUCCGAGGGGGAGAAGAUUCCCCAGCUGAAAACAGCCGGGACAGACUCCCCUCCAAAAUCUGAACCUCUCACUGCCAACGACCUGGAUCUCCCUCCUCCGGACUACCCGAGCUGUGAGGAUGACUGGAAGGAUGCCAACAACCUGAACAAGCUGCGGGACGAGCUCUCGGCGCUGCUGCGCUCCCCGCGCCGGGAGGAGAGGCCGCUGGACAGGCCGGGCGCUCCGCAGCCCCUGGACAGCGCUCCCAGCCGGGCUGGCAGCCGUGAGCCGGGGCCCAGCGAGCCCCAACUCGCCAGGAAGGACACAGGGUUAUCCAGGGGAGGGGAGAGUGAGAAGAAAGAGGUGCCCAGCAGCCCCCCCAGCACCAAUGGGGGCUCUCCCAGCGCUGCAGUCACCACCCUGGAGAGCAGCCCUGACACACAGCCCCGCAGUGUGAGGACGAUCAGGAAUGAGCUGGAGGCUGUGCUGUCCCUGAAGAAAGAGGGGAAACCUGCCCCGGGGAUCAGCAGCCAGAAGCAGGGUGUGGAGAAUGGCAUCAGCACCCUGCAGGUGAGGAAGAGCCCCCCUGACCUGAGGAAGAGCCCCCCUGACACAACUGGCUCAGUGGUGCCAAAACUGCUCCCAGCCCCUGCUGUGGACAAGGAUGAGACAGAUCCCAAGGACCAUCCUGCUCCUGCUGCUGGCAAGGUCACAGAGGACCUGAGCUCUGCUCCCGGAUCCCCCAACAGCAGUGUGAGUCCCCCAGACCCACCUCAGGGACCGGCAGAGGAGCCCCCUGCUCCCAGCCCCUCCUCACCCCCGGUGUCCCCUGCACAGAGUCCGGCACCACAGCCCAGCUCGGCCGUGUUCCAGUACAAAGUGCACCGGGCUGGGACCGGCCCGGCCGAGCUGCCCCUUGCACCGGGCUCAGCUGAGCCCCCCUGCCCCGGGAGCUCAGCCAGGAGCCCCCCAGCCACCUCGGGAGCGGGGCAGGAGGAGGAGGAGGUGCUGAUCCACCCGGUGACGGGGGAGCGCGUGGAGCGGGGCUCGCCCAUGGCCCUGCUGCUGGCGGCCCGGCAGCGCGCCCAGCGGGGCCGCCAGGCCGGGGACGGGGCGCUGAGGGCCAGGCCGCCCCUGAGGCUCAGCAGUGCCUCGUCCGACACCACCUCCAGCAGCUUCUUCCGCCACGAGUCCAAGCCCUACUCCUUCACUGUGGUGCCUCGGCCCUCGGCAGCCGGUGCCGUGGGCCCUGGCUGGAGCAAACCCCCCUCCUUCUCCAGCUCCUCGGAGCAGGGCCGGGACGUGCGGGCGGUGGGCGAGGCGCAGCCCCCCGGGCCCCGGAGAGCCGCUGCCUCCAGCCUGCUGCGGGGCCUGCUGGACUCGGGGCAGCCGGCCCAGCCCGGCCCAGCCCGCCAGGGAGUGCCCAGGGAGGAGGAGAACGGGGACACGGCGCUGGACUUCGGGAUUAUCCCCCCACCCCCUGAAUUCAGCAACGAGACAGACGAGGGUCCCCUCCCGAGUCGGGAGGAGAACCGCAAGUGCCCCAGUGUCCCUGACAGCAGCCGGGGCUCGGGCGAGCCGCGCUACUUCAGGUGGUCUGGCUACAGCCGCAGCUACGGGGGCAGCCAGGAGCCGGCAGCUCCGCUGGCCUUGGAGAAGAGCUGGAGGAAUGGCGACUUCACCCCCCAGUACCCGGAUUACAGCAGCAACACGAGUUUCCCCAGCCACGGCCCCAACCCGCGCCCUCUGAUCAAGAAGCGCUUGUACAUGUCCGAGCCCGACAGCUCCUACCCCCGGGCAGCCGCCGCCCCCCGGGCCUCGGGCACCCUCUCCUCCUACGGCCCCGGGGGGUUCAGCUCCACGGCCGGGGAGGGUUCUCGCCGCCUGGGCUCUGCCCACAGGAAUGGCCCCUCCAGUGCCCAGGGCAGGCGGGCGACCGCGGACGCUGCUGGCAAAGCCACGGCCUACGGCGGCACCGGGGCUGACGCCAAGUACAAGGGGCAGAACGGGGACUUCUCGCCCGCCAGCGUGCUGGCAGCCAGCAGGCCUGUCCACGGCACCUCGCACUACGGGCCCCCCUCCAACACCUUCACGGUCCGGCCCGGGACGCGCCAGCCCAUCUCCUACAGCUACCAGAGCCACCGGUAGAGCCGGGGCUGCCCCGCCGGCGGGAAGGUGCCCGGGUUGGUCCUUCCCUUCUCCACGGGCGCCAGGGACGGUCCGACCCAGCCUGAAAAUGCACUUGCUUGAAACUGCUGAUGGAGAAGGUGGGGAAUGAGCCUGAGACUUGGACUUUUCUCACAGGACUGUCAUGGAGAGUAGUUACUGAAGAGGGCAGGCUGCUGCCUUGUUACCUGAGCAAACGUGGCUUCCCUUUUUCCCAUUUCCCUCCUGGAUUAUUUUCAGCCUGAUAGGCCACCUAGGAAAGCCAAAGAGCAUCCUCAGCUCUCUUUAAAGAGCAUCACCACUGGCAAGAUUGAUUUCAGUUUGGUUUUUAAUUGGUUUAACUCCAGCACGUUUGGGAGCAGGGAGAAACCAGCUGAGAGAUGAGCACAAUGGAAGCAAAGCAGUGUGUAGCUGAAUGUCAGGGAUUAAAAUAACAGUGUGAGGCCAGUGGGAUAGGAGGAGAGUUUAGGAUGCCUAGAUCCUGACCCUUUCUGUCCUUCAAGAGUUUGGAACAAAUCAAUUCUGCCUUAAACCCGGCUCUGGGCAGUCAGUGCCUGUCCUGCUGAGCUGGGCUCUGACCCUUCUCCAGGAGCAGCUUUGGGAGCAGGGGCCUUGCUUUGCUGUGCCUUUAAAUGUAAAUGUUGGCCACUGUAAAUGUUUCUGUUGGUAAUUAUUCCUCGUGGGAGGAGGCUGUGAGGCCUGCCUGGAUGGCUGUAAAGCACUUUGGAGGACAUGGGGCAAUCCUUUUCCUUGGGCUGGUGGGUGCCAGCGACUCGCCCAGCUGCUGUGCUGCUGGUGCUCCCCCUGAGGGCUCUCUUGCCACUUCACACCCGGGUGACUCCCAAAGUGUCCUUGUUAACUGUUCUACUGACACUUGGCUCCCAGACCAGCAGCUGAAUUUCAGUGGGACUGUGUUGAUCCUGGUGGGGUGUGGGGUGUCUGCAGGGACACCCCAAAGGAGCUGGCUCCUGCUGUUCCCCUCAGUGCUUUUCCAGGUGCUGGAUGUGCAGAGCUGCCCCUGCUUCCCUCUGAGCAGCUGCUGGUGCCUCUGCAGGGGUGGGAGCUGUGAGCAGCCUUCAAGAGGGUUUCAGCCUCCAGAGUGAGCAGUGGGGUCUCAACACAGCUGACCUGAUUUGGGAAUAGCCAACCUCCUAAAACUAGACACAGAGAAUCUUCCUCCUAGGUAAACUUGCUGAAAUCACUGUAAGAUAACUGUAAAAACUUGUAGAGAGUAUUUUCUGAUCACUGACAAACUAAAAGCACUUUGAGACAUGAGUCUGUUUUUAUGGAAAGCACUUUCUGUUUUCAAUGCUAUAAAUACCACUGGUUCCACUCCAGCUUACCCUGCCUGGCACACACCUGGAUGUGGCCUGCAAGAAGAUCUUGCUCUACAAUUCAGCUCAAAAUCAGGGAUAAGUUUGCCUUCACAGUGGAAUUCUCAAAAGCUAUCUUGAUAUUGAAGUCAUGUCACUGACAUUCUAUGUUUUGUAUUAUUUCCAGCUUUACCUAGUAAUUUAACAGCCCUUUCAGCAGCAGCUUAAAGUAUUCUGAACUUUACUUUGCUGUGAAUAAAUGAAAAUGCAAAUACAGUAAUCAGUCUAAUGGCUAAUUCAAAGGGCAUUUUUAUGCCAGUAAGUCACGGUGACUUGGAAGAUUUCCAUUGCUCAACCCAGCCAAUAUUGAAAUAAUAGGCUUUAAAUAUUUGGGUGUUGGUUUUAAAAAAAUAUUUAUGGAGAAAAGUGACUAUGGAGUAACUCUAAGGACAUUUAAGUGUGCCAAGUGUCUUGUGGAUUACCACCUGCCCCAAAACAUGGAAUUUUCUCUGUGCAAAGAGCAUCCUGAGCACUCUCAUUCAUCUGUAGAAGCAAAUCCGUGCUCCUCCUUGAGGGGCUUCACGGUCAUGUUUUGAUAUUGGAUGAAGUUUCACCAGUUUAACUUGAAAGCAAACAAAGAAGUCCCUUUGAUAAAAUUGCAAGUUAUUUUUUUUUUCUUCUGAUAUUUUAUUUUCAAAAUAAUAAGCUAUAAUUGCAAAUGAGCUCUCAAAAACAGUUUAAAGGCUGGGUGGGCAAUUUCAGCUUUUGAUACUGACUUUGCCCAAAAGUGGGGAGGGCAGGGGCAUAUGUGCAAUUUUCCACCUCAAGGAUUCUUCCAAACUGGAAUCUCUCCAACACAUGUUUGUUUUUCUUCUUUUUAGACAAAAAAAAAGUGACACUCCAAUAUUGGCACUUGCUUUAAAUGUCACAUUUACUACUUCACCCAGACACACAAUUCAUGUGUAGUUGAAAUACGGUCUUAGACACCAUGGAGUGUCUCAUUUCUAGAAGACAUAAUUGUCUUUAUUUACUAUUAGAAGUGUGAUAACAUAAGUCAGCUUUAUAAAACAUCAGACAAUGGGACUCAUUUCAAGAAUAGCCUCAUAAAACCUGGGCAGAAGAAGCCUCAUGGUACAAAUAACUGACAGCAGCUGCGCUCCUUUCACCGACGGUUCCUGUCUCGUUGUGUCUGAGCUCAGAGCUGUUCAGCUGGCCCUGGACAUUGCUGAAAGAGAAGUGGCCAAAGCUCUGCCUUUACACUGAUUUAUAGAUGGUAGCCAAUGCUCUGUGGGGUUGGCUGGAAAGGUGGGAAAAGGCAACAUAGAGGAAAACCACUCUGGGCUUCUGGUGAGUGGAAAGACAUUGGCACUCAGGUAGAGAAGCUGCCUGUGAAAGUUCUUCAUGUGGAUGCCCAUGCACCAAAACAACGAGCAGGUAGCUCAGAUAGAGGUGUCACAGACAGACUUAGAUUGGCAACACAAGGGAGAAUUGUUCUGGCCUCAGGUCAUCAGGGUAGAGACCAAGGGGUGGAUCUAACCAUGGACAGUAUUUCUCAGGUUAUCCUUGACUGUGAGACAUGUGCUGCCAUCAAGCCAAGCGGGUGAAGCCCCUCUGCUACGAGGGGCUGGGGUCCAAAUAUAAGCUCGGGGAGUCCUGGCAGACUGACUGCAUCACACUGCCCCAGGCACGGCAGCAAGCGCUGUGUGCUGACCGUUGUGGAAGCCACCACCGGGUGCUUGGAGAGCUACCCUGUGCCUCACACCACUGCCCAGAAUCAUUGCAUUGCAUUGCAUUGAAUUGCCUUGAAUUAUUAUUGCAUUAUUGCAUUGCAUUGAAUUAGUGCAUUAUUGCAUUGCCCUCCCUAGCGCCCCCUGCUGGCCGCUGCCGCUCCCCGGAACCUUUCUGCCCGGAACCUUCUGCGCGGCCGCGGGGCUCACCCGGCCUGGUUCCCGCUGGGAUAGUGGGAGCACCACGGGAAUCCUGCCAGAAUAGUGGGAACUGGGAACACCGCUGGGACGGUGUUCUCCAAUUGUCCCUGUCCUGCGGGGAGCUUGGCGCGGCACUGCUCUUCAAUAAACACAACAGCCACAA